AUGGACGCGGCUGUCGCGGCCGUCGUCUUGACGCUGUACAUGCCGCCGACACUUGCGCUCUGGUGGGCUCGUCGGUGCGCGCGGGUGCUGCAGCCACGCAUGCGUCUUGUAUUUCCCGCGCUCUGCGCCUGGCUCUGCAGCCUCGUGGGGCCCGCGACCGCGUGGACACCCGAGGUACCAUGCAGUAUCUCGCUCCUAUGGUUUGGCCUCGGGAUAGCCGGCAGUACGGCGUACGUGACGGCUGCGAUUGUGCUCGUGCUGCGCUACCGCGUCACCGAGAUGCUAUUCAACGCGAUGAGUCUCCAGAGUGCCGUCUUGGAUUCGCUGCGCUGGCUGCGCUUUGGGCUGCAUCCGCCCGUCCAUAUCAGUGCGUGUCUUCUUACAACGCUGGUAUCGCUGGGGUGCGUCAUUGGGCUUCUCGACGCGCCGUCGUCAGCGGUCUUGGAAGCCACAACGUGCUUGUCACCGUCGACGCAGCUGUACAUGGGUGUCGCGCUCGCGCUUCUCGGUGCCGUCGGCGCGUACGUAUCAGUGAUGCUCUACGCGGUCGACGAUGUCUAUGGCCUUCAGUGGGCCUACCAGCGCACGCUGCAAGUGUCGGUUGUCGUGCUGCUCGGUGUCGGUGGUGGUCGCUACGUCGAGUCGCAUUUUCAAGGAUCGAUGCUCAACGACUAUGGCGUCGGCACCCUCCUAUGCGUGCUCUUGCCCCACACGCUCUUUCUCAUCAACGUCGUUCCGCCCUUGUACCAGCUCGGUAUGCGCCAUCGUAUCGUCGAGCCGAAUGCAGUGGCACCGGACGACAUUGCGCUCUUCCAGCGGUUCCUCCGACGACCUGAUACCUACCUCGUGUUUCUUCAAUACUGCCGGCUCGCGCUCCGCCUCGAGGAAUUGCUCUCGUGGAAGGCGAUCGAGCGUGGCACCAACAAACCAUGGACGCUCCGCAGCGGCUGGAAACUCUACACAAGGUGCAUGGACCCCUCGGCGCCGCUCUUGACCCACGCAGGUCGACGCUGGCGGCCGUACUACAUGGCCAAGCUCAAGACCUCGCGCUUGCGCAUCCAGCCCGACGACGCGCCAUUGCCGCGCGGGUUCUUUGAGCCGUUGAUGACCGACCUCGUCUUGGACUUGUACCUUGACGUGCUGCCUUGGUUUGAACGGCAUUCGCUGGGGCUUGCGUGGCACGAGUUUCGAUUUUACAACGUCCACACGACCCAGCGCACUCAGUCGGGCGCUCGCGUCUCGGGCUCGCGACGCAGCUCGUUUGUGAUCUCGUCGCCGCUCGAGCCUAUUCCCGUCUCGCGCAACGAAGACGACGUCGCGACAUGA